AUGUCGAAUCAGCUGGUGGGCGUCUUGCAGGGCACGGUGUUCGAGCGUGUCAUCCAGGAGGUGUGCGAUGCAUCCCAAGUGGAUUUUGAAGAAAGUGGCGUCGACCAGCAGACGCUUUUAGACUUGCGAAAGAGCUGGCAGAAGAAACUCUCGUCUCUGGGAGUCGCUCACUUCCCAUGGGAUCCUGCUCCCCCACAGGCUCCUGCACAGCCCCAGAACCAACAGGUCCUUCCUACAACAACAGUACCUUCCAACGCCCCUCGUCCCCAACAGCAACAACAAGCCCACCAACAGCAAAAUGCUCCCUCGCAACAACAACAACAACAACCCCACCAACAACACCCUCAACUACAAUAUCCACAACAUGCACCGCACCACCCUCAGUCUACCCCUCCCAAUGGCCCGCCACUUCAAGCUCCCACUGCAGUCGGGGCUACCGGUAACAACCCACUAGGACAUGCACCGCAGAUCAAAACUGAACCAGGUCUGAAUGGCCAUCCUUCCUUACCUCCCAUGGCCCAUAUGAUGGGUGCUCCACCAAAUACUCAAUCCGCACGAGAACGCGCUACCAAUCUGAUUCAACAGAGAUAUGGCGCUGCUGCUGCCAACUCGGUCAGUCAGAUGCAAGCCCAGUCACAGCAACCUCCUAUGGGAUUACCACGUCCUCCUAGUAUGCAACAAAUGCCCAACGGUCAAAAUCCUCAGAUCAAGCAAGAGCCAGGCUAUCAUCCUGUACCACAUCCAUUUGUAAGCAGCUCCCAAACGGACGGUGCUGCCGGCGAUGCGCUCUCGGAUUGGAAAGCAGAAGUUGCGCGGAGACGCGAAGCCGCUGAACGUGACGGUGGAGAGAAUGACAGAGCCCUUCGGGACCAUAUCAAAGAGCGCAUGCUGCAGUUCGAAGGAGGUGGUCUUAUGAUGCCUCUGGAGGAGCGCAAAUCACUGCCAAAGUCUGUCAAUGCUUCCGCGGGCCCAUCUACAACGCCUAGGGCUCAGUUUGACGGCCCUGGGGGCGAUGAUACCAAGGAAGAAGACGAUGAAGAUGCCAUCAACUCCGACCUCGACGACCCUGAUGACCUAGUUGCUCAGGAUGAGGACGAUGAUGACGCAGUUGGACAGGUUAUGCUUUGCACAUACGAUAAAGUCCAACGGGUCAAGAACAAGUGGAAGUGCACCUUGAAGGAUGGUAUUCUAACCACAGGAGGCAAAGAGUACGUCUUCCAUAAAGGGCAGGGCGAAUUUGAAUGGUAA